UUUUGUGUAGAAAGAACAAUUGCUGGCCACUGAAAAGCGUGAUUUUUCGUCAUGAAGUCGAUAAUUAUUGUCGUUGUUUUGGCCGUCAUUGCUUACUUCCUCUUCAAGCCAGCAACCUUCACUAUAAAAAAUGACAUUUUUAUGUACAAGUCGCCAGAAGAGGUCUAUACUUUCAUUUCGGACUUGAAAAGGACAACAGAGAAUCAUUCUACGCUUGGAGGCAAGUGCACUCUGUUGAAACAGCGAACCAGGAAAAAUGGUGUGCAAGAAAAACUGUUUCUGGUUGAACGUAUAAUCCCGCUCUUCUGGGAAUACGAACUACCGUUUAACUUGGAGACUCGUCUGUCGUUAACAAAGCCAAAUGAGGAGUUGGAGUACGAGUUUGCGGUUCUUCGCGGCUACUUACUAAAACUGCACAGCAGGUUAUCUGUGGAGAAACGGGAGGGGCGUAACUUGCCUGGAUCGUUGCUAACCGAGGAGUUGACGAUAACAUGCCCUUGGCUUGCCACAACGUUCGUCGAGAAAGCAUUGAAAGAUUCGCACAAAGACACUUUAAUCAGCAUGAGGAAUGGGAUAGAGCCAAUGCACCUAUCCAAGAAUAGAGAAAAAGAGGAGGCACCAAUGAGCAGGAAAGAGGAUUGGGAAAAGAAGACUGAGAAGAAAAAGGAGGAGGCAGUAAAGAAAGGGCGGGAAGGAAAGAAAGAUGAGGCCAAGAAGACAGGCGGACAGCAGAAGAAACAGACGACAGAUGGAGCUCAAGGACACCCCAAGACCGAGAAGACAAAGAAAACAGCACCUAAGGAUGCCGGACAUCAACCCAAACCCAAGGAAGUGAACAAGAAACAAGACGGAGGUAAAUCUAAAAGAUGAAUGAAGAAAGAUGAGAAGGGUAGGCGAGUCAAAACAAGAAGAUUUAUUUUAAACCAAAAUAGAACAAAAUUCACAAAAAAGAAACUGAGAGUUGGAUUUGAUGAGCUUCAUUAUCAACACCUGCUUGAAACAAACAAACAAACAAACAAACAAACAUUACAUUUGUUCUGUCCUCUCGUUGAAGUAUUAUUUAUAAGUUAUCACACAAGCGCGAGUGAAAUACGGAAAUAUAGCGCUUCUGCGUCCCAUAUCCAAUGAGGCGGAAGGCCGAAUUGGAUAGGGACACAUACGCGCUUUAUUUUUUGGUACUCCACGAGGGCGUGCGAGUUAUAACAAAUUUAUCUUCCAGCCUCACGUGCAAUGCGCAAAGUUUAAAGAUUCAGAACUUUAUUUUGCGACGAACAGCAUGCACGCACACAAAGUUUUGCACUGUCCAUAUACGGAGCGUGACGCAUUGACACUCACAAUACGCACUGUGCAAUAAAAACACUGGAAAUAGUAUAUGUUUUUAUACCAUACCACCCUUCGAGCAUUUCUGAUUUGUGGAUUAGUGCGUACUGGAAGAUAAUGUGCUUUAUGUUCUGUGUGCUGUCUUUCAAAAUCAACAAAUUCUUCUGUCAUACAGAGAUCAUCAAUACAGGCAAAAUUAAACUAUAAGUUGUGAUUGGAGAAAAAGAAGAUUUACAUUACAACUCAAUGCAAACAUUUUCACAUUUUUUAAAUGGUGCACAAAUUUAGGUAUGGUUACAAAUCUUGCUUAUUAUGCAAAUUUGUGUUAUAAAGGCCUACAAAUUUCAUAUUUUUAAAAUAAUUUCCUUUAUGUGAGUGCUCAAAGUCUUCCUUGGAUUGGAAAAUUGCUGUGAUUAAAAAUAUCCUUAAAAUAUGUCUUUUUAAAAAUACAUACUAUAGGCCUACUGUUACCGUUCUAUAAUGUCAAUUUAAUCAUAAUUUUGUAUGAAAAAUCAGCAAUUGUGAAAGUUAAAUCAUUGUAAAUUAUAAAUCUUUCAUGCUGAGGGAAUUUUGUCGAAAUUUUUGCAAAAAAUUAAUUGUGGUGCUGGAAAUACAAAGCGAUGUACAAGGAAAUUGCUGUUAUUUAAAUUGCGGUGCUAAAAUCAUCUAAUGAUUCGUGUAGAAAUUUCUCUAGUGAUUUGUCUGAUUGUAAAUUAUAUUAUUUAUUGAAUUAAUUUUAAAUUUAUGUAUAUGUGAUUAGUAAAAAUGUGUAAUAUGCAUUUUAAUUUAGUAAUCAAAAAUCAAAGCAAUGCAAAAAUGUACAAACCCAGUAAAUUAUAUUUGAUAAAUUUGAUGCACAUCAAAAUAAAAGAAUUAUUGAAAUUAGGAUUUUUGGAACAUGUAGAUAAUGUAGGGUAAUGGAAAACUUUGUGCAAUUUUAUACCUGUAUUUUUGAUAACCAUGCAGCGAUAACAGCAGGCCUGGUGAUUCAUGUAACAGAGUCUCUGUGCCUCUACUUUUCAUUGCCUUGGUGCCCAUCAAAAUGUUCCAGAACUGGUACUUCACAGAGGCACUAGAGGCAAUUGCCCCCAUGCCUCUGGUGCCCUUUGAAAUGAUCCAGGCAAAUGCUUCCAUGCCCCUAGUCAGUCAAUACUUCAUGGAUAUAACUGAGGCAAUUGCCCCCAUGCCUUGGUGCCCAUCAAAAUGUUCCAGAACUGGUACUUCACAGAGGCACUAGAGGCAAUUGCCCCCAUGCCUCUGGUGCCCUUUGGAAUGAUCCAGGCAAAUGCUUCCAUGCCCCUAGUCAGUCAAUACUUCAUGGAUACAACUGAGGCAAUUGCCCCCAUGCCUUGGUGCCCAUUAAAAUGUCCAAGGCCUUUUUACUUAACAGAGGCAAUUCCCCCAUAGUUUUAGUAAUUUUGUUCCAGAGCUGACACUUCAUAGAAGCAACUGAGGCAAUUGCCUCUAUGCCCAUCUGGCGAUUGCUUUGGUGCUCCUUGAAGUGUCACAGCUCAAUUUUAGUUUCCUUCCUUGGAAAAACUGCCGUACAGGGGCAAUUCAGCUAAUGUAUCUUUGGGAUACUUUAUAUUCGAUGCAGUACUUGAUUUGUUUAUCACAAUGUUGUUAUCGUAUUGAGUGCACAGUAGAUGUAUUCAUUGCAGUGGAUAACUAGUCUUAAAAAAAUCAUUAUUUUAUUUUAGAUACCGUUUAAUACAAAUUGUACCAGAAAAGUAUCCUUUCAUGGAACAAAAUAUACCAUACAUUGUGUUGCGUUCGUGGAAUUAAAGAAUCUGAUCAGAAUAAACUGUAUCAUAUAUGAUUCAUUGAAAAAGAACACAUUUUAUUUUAUUUUCAUUUUAUUUGCAUUCACAACUUUAAAAGAAAGAAAUGAAAAGAUUGGCAUUAUAAUACUUUUUUUUCCCGUCGACCACAUUUCUUAUCCCCCCAACACCCGAACAGUUAAAACGCCAGUGUUCAAAGAGUCGUAACAUUUUUACCCUAAAAAGUUUGGGGUCGUCCAUAAUAUAAAAAGGGGGUUGUAGACUUAUUAUGUUUGCUGGGUGUCUUCUCUUGAGAUUGUGAUGUCACAGGAGUAACAGUUGGCGGGAUGAACUUGGUCUGGACAAAGUGUUGUUUUAUUGGAAUGAAUGUGAUCUGUUGAACUCAAAGGCGUCUUUUACUGGUGAAAUAUAAAAAUAAUAUGUAUUUCAGUCAAAUAAGUUGUUGUAUACUAACUUAAAGGACCAUGUUUUCAUGUCUGCAAAAGAUGUAAUUGCCCUUUAAGAAUUGCAUGUACAUGUACUGUAUUUGAAAGGGAGAGGUUUUGGGAAAUGCAAGAGGUUACUAACUGAGUUUUCAUUGUUAUUUUAAUUGGUUAGAAGAAAAUAAAAAUAUUUUAUGGAGAAAAGAUUAAAAUAUUGCUUUUAAACGAAUUUAAGUCGUUCUGAAUAUUGAUGUCGGUUUAAUUAACAAAUCAGUUAACUUAUUAAACAAACCAUUAUCGGUUUAUAACUGUCAGUUUAUGUUGUGUAAAGAUGGCCGAGC